GACGGCUGUUGCAUGCAUGCGCUAUAUGUGAAAGAAUCACGCAAAAGAUGGCGGAAGCAACGCAAGGCCAAGGAAACCCCAACAGGGAGAACUUAACAAUCGACUUAGACGUUCCAUCCGAGGCCAGGGGAUACCCCGAGGGCCAGGAGGGAACCUUUGGUGACACCGGUGUCGACUUUGAAGAAGAUGAGGAGCUGUCAUUGGCUCAAGAUGAUGCGGAAAUGGUCGCUAAUGCUCAACUCAAGUUGUGUUCCCCAUCAGAUGAAUCUAUGCCUGGCGGUGGGGAAGCCAGUCAAGCUACAAGCUCAGCGGAUGCAACACCGUCAGCUGAAAAUGUGGAAACUAUCGAUGUGGUUGAAGAAGAAGACACAUUUGAAGAUAUCGCAAAACACAACAUUAUACAGGUUGCCGGUGAUGACAGUGUAGGCAGAAAAUUGGUUUUGUUUUACUGUUGCCGCCUUCCACCAACGAAAACCUACAACACUGCCAGGUUACUAGGCUUUCUGAAGUACACCCUUGACCAGUAUGUUGAGAGUGACUACACACUUGUUGUGUUCCAAUAUGGAUUGGUUCAUGCCAACAGGCCGUCAUUCAACUGGCUUACACAGGCGUAUCAGAGUCUGGACAGAAAAUUCAAGAAGAACCUGAAGGCCCUUCUCAUCGUCCACCCAUCCAACCUAGUCAAAGUCUUCUGGGGUAUCUUCAGGCAUCUAGUCAGCACAAAAUUCAGUCGUAAGGUGAACUACAUCCACCUGCUGAGUGAACUGAAAGGCUUGAUGGAUGUGGAACGAUUGACUAUACCUGAUGAUGUCUUAGAACACGACAAGCGGAUGAUUGAACGUCGCAGAAAAAAGGGUCGACAGACUGCUGCUGAACAAGCCAUCACAACAAUCGAUGCUUUAAAGGAACCGACUCCUACAACUCGACAGUUUGGAGUGUCGCUAGACUUUUUGGCAGAGAAUGAAGAUGGAGCACCUAUCCCCAAAAUCGUUAGAGAGACAGUUGCUGCUGUACGAAAAAGAGGUUUAGAGACUGAGGGAGUUUUCCGCCGUUGCCCCAACGCUAACACAAUCAAACAAGUCCAGCAGAUGUACAAUGACGGCAAGGAGGUUGAUUAUGAUGCCUUGUUGGAUGUUCAUGUCCCGGCACUCAUCCUUAAGACAUUCUUCCGUGAACUCCCAGAGCCUAUCAUGACCUUUGACCUUUAUGAUGAAAUCAUGAAGAUGCAUGAUCUUCAAGACAAUGAUGCAAGAGUAGCUGCUUGUAGGAGUAUCAUAUGUGAGAAACUCCCGGAGAGGAACUACAUCAUCCUGCAGCAUUUGAUGGAACUACUACACCAGAUUGCUGAAAAUAGCGACAAGACCAAGAUGUCCGCUGCCAACAUCUCCAUUGUGUUCAGCCCUAACCUUGUCUGGCCUCGAAGCAAAGCCAUGUCCUUGGUCUCUCUCGCUCAAAUCAACUCCUUCAUCGCUACUCUGCUGUACCAUUACAAUGAGAUAUUCACACGUGAGGUCAGUGAACAACAGAGGGCGUCCUCCUUUGCUGACCAGCACGAUGGAGUAAAGGUUGAGGUUCAAAUGGAAAGCAAGACUGAGGCGAAUAGCUCAGAAGUUAUGAAUGGCGACGGUAAUGUUGAGAGUUAAACAAAUGAUCCAUCUUAAGCUUGCUUAUUUCAACAAUGGACCGUUGCGCACGUGGGCAAUAACGCAUGCAGUAUGUCUGCCUAUAGCAACACUGUAUGUUACAGCUGCAUGUGCCAUGUGUAAGUGCACGCAUGUCAGACUUACUUGUCAGAUAGCUGAGAGUGUUGCUGUAGAUGGGGUGUAACAAUGACAUAAUAUAGUGCUGUCAAUAGUGAAGGUUUAUUUAGCUGUUGGAAUUGCUCAAGAGCAAUAGGUGGUGAAUGUACUUAAUAUGUACAAAUAAAAAAGUCUUGUAGUUGAGUUAUGCUCAUGAAUCUGAAGCAUUAUUUCCAAAAGACACCCCGUGUGUUUUUUAUGAAUCAGUUAAAAAAAAAGGAUCAUGCAAUUUAUAGGAAAUAUUCCUAUUUACUUUUAAUGCUGUAGCCAUUGUCAGUGUCUGUUGUCUGUGAGAGUUUGUGAAGGCCUUCUACGAAAUAGGCUGGUGCCCUAUUGUGCAUCUGCAGUUUGCCAUUCAAUCAGCAUGAUGACUGCAGGGAAUUUAACGAAAUGUCUGUAGCGUGAUUAUUUGUUUUGCGGAUCUGGAGCAGGAAUCUCCAGUUUUUGACCUCCAACUGAGUAGCAGGUAAUGGGGAAAAUUGUGUAUAAAAGCUUAUGAAGAUAAUUAUGGGAUGCAAGUUAGUUUUGCCCAAGUAGAAAUGUGCCAGUCUUGUUGACAAAUCUUGAUUUUUCUUGCCGCUUCUAAAAUUAUUAUUUACAAGGAUGCUUCUGUUUAUGUUUAUAUCGAGAUUUUUUGGGAAAAUUAUGCCCUUUUAAAUUCUGGAUAAGGUGUCUGGGAAGUUUUUGUGAUGAGUCAGCAAUCUGUGUUGCAACGAUUUGUAAAAUUGUUGUACUUAAAAAGGCAUAAAAAUAAUAUAUUAUAUUAUAAUGGGGCUUUACUUGUAUUGAGAUUUAAUGCAAAUUUACAUACAGAUCAUGUUUAUCCUGCAUAAAUGGAAUCAAAGUAAUAUAAGUAUAUGCAAUUAUGAAUUGUAACAUGAAUAUGUAAUAUGUAACCAACCCUUGGCACAUGCUAGUGUACAUGUAUGUUUGUAUAUUUCUGUAUUCAGUUUAAUUUAGUUUGAAACUUAGAGGAAGCUUACAGCAAUUCAUAGACAAAAAUUCAUAUCAAGGAAGGUGAAGUAUCUUCACGGAAUCCACUUUCAGGUCAGUAUGCUUUGGGUGUCCAAACAGUGUUUAAAAAACUUGCUACAAAUGAGUUCAAAAUUGCGAUGUAAUAAAGAAAAAAAGUACUACUUACAAAGUUCACAUAAACAUUCCUUUUCAUUCCUUUUGAUUUGAGACGCUGUUGUAUUUUAAAUACAUUGUUGCAUACAUCUCUUGCAAAUCUCUUACGGUGGUGUAUAAAAGCCUUAGCUGUGGUUUGUCAUAUUGAAACUACAUCAUGCAACGUCUUUAACCAAGGUUAAUGUUUGUGCUGUGCAUUUUGUGCCGAGCUCCACUGUUAUGUAGGUAAAUUGGCAGCUAUGUAAUACCAUAGAUAUCAUAUUUGCAUUUUCCUUCAUCAGUUAAAGAGGAAUAGAUAAAGCAUUGUUUUCAAGAAGUUUACAAUUUCGUUUAAGUUGUCAGCAUUGAUGUACAUUUUGGUAUUGAAAUGACUACCCAAGAAUCUCAUGACUCACAUAAUGUUGAAAUUGGAUUAUUAUGCUUUUCUUGCCUAGUCUGCAUAUAAACCUCUAGAUAUCCUUUGCAAAAGGAAAAGACAUUGGGUGGUAAACGCUAUUUAAAGGGAAUGUACAACAUUUGCUUUUGCUGUAAUUUUCAGAAAUGGAUGGAUUUGGGGGUUAGUAUUUUAGAGCAAAUAUUGUUACACUGACCUGCUUUAAGUUUUGUGUUGGAAAAACAAACAAAAAUAAAAUGUUUCUCCUAAAGAGAAUCUUCUGAUUCCCUGACCCUACUUCACACAAAACGGAAUUUGUAGAUGUCUGGGAAUUAUCAGGUCAUGGAACCAGACUAGCUUGCUUGCACCCAUUAACGGAUGUGUAAAUGACUUCAAACAAAAAGUCGACUAACUAAAUUUGGUAAACUAGGGGUAGUGUUUGAAAAAAGUCAUUUUUUUCCAACGAUGGUCGGCUGACCAUCUUUGGCAAUUGGUACAAAAUUCCUCUUUUCUUGAAAAUGGCAGUACACCAUGUACCAUGAUUUUACUGGUUGCUUAACUUACAGUCAAGUAGGGUUGACUGUAAAGACAAUUUGGAAUAACAUUUUAUCCUCUCCAUACACCUGUUAAUAUUUUGAAUGCAUCACACUAUUACCUGUAUGUGGUUCUUAUGGUGAAAAACCCACCCAUGAGCCUCCAUCUGUGUAUUUGAAGUAUUGAACAAAUCACCAGCAUUCUUUUAACACAUGCAUGGAUAAGUACAGUUUAUAAAUGGAUAUCAUUCUCAACUGAUUUUCGUUUAAUUAAUGCAUACAUUUUCCAAUUAUUAGGUUUUAUCAAGUGCUUUUAUAGUUACUAUUUUUCUGGGUUUUUUUUUUAUAUUGGUUGGUCAUUUAGAGUUUCAGUGUAGUGCAGUGGAAUAUGUAUGAAUAUUAUGCCAUGUCUUCCUGUGUUUCGAAAAUUAAAACAAAACAAAGUGAAAAUUGAAAGAAA